CCUCCCUCCACGGUUCAGUUUUGACAAUUAUUUUUUUGUCAUUCUGGAAUUCCCUCAAAUGAAAUCAACAGUUCUUGUGUGUGCGUGUUCUUGGUUCUAAAAUAGACAUGGCAUCUCAACAUUUCUCUCCUUCGGGACUCUCUCGAUUACCUGAACGACGCACCUUUGUCCCCGUUUUAUUUCGCCUCCCGUUCCUUUCAUCUUCUCGGUUUCGCGCUGCUGCUUUAAGUUUCUACUCUCCUCUUAAAUUACAGUUAAAACGAUCCCAAAAUGUACAAAAGCGAAGUCGACAAAUUCGUCCCCACGUCGUUAAGGUUAACGCCACCAAUGAUGAUGAUUCAAUGGGAAUUUCCUCUUUUGAUGACUGGGUGAUUGAUGAUUCGGUGGCGGCAUAUGUGUUUUCUUCAUCCAGUGAUGGGGAAUAUAGCGAUGGAGAAACCGUGUUAAGUCCUUUGGAUGAGGUGGAUUUGCCUUCAGUCUCCGCUGAUGAUUCUGUAACCAUGAGGUCCUUGACUUCCCGUCGGUAUUCCUUGCUUGGUAGAAGCCAAAAGAAACACAGGAUAAACGUUGGGCUGUUAAGCAACUUGGUUAUCAUAAUCUUCCUGGCAAUGGUUCUUUUACUUGUUGAUUGGUGUGGAUGGAAAAUUGUGAGGCUACCCCUGGCACCAUUUUACUUGACCUCCCCAUUUACCAUAUCUUUGGUCUUAGCAGCAUGUGCAGGUUACAUUUGUAUACCAUAUCUUAAGACUCUCGAGUUACAUCAAAUAAUCAGGAAAGAAGGUCCUGCUAAUCAUUCAAAAAAGCAGAGGACCCCGACGAUGGGUGGACUUUUCUUUCUACCAGUUGGUAUAUUUGUUGCAAACUUUGUUACGGGUUUCUCUUCUGUUGAAGUUGCAGCAGCAGCAGCAGCAACCUUAGCAUUUGCUACAAUUGGACUGAUUGAUGAUGUCUUAUGUGUCAUCAAGCAACACAGCAGUGGUUUAUCUCCUCGUUUAAGGCUACUUUUGGAGGCUGCUGUUGGAAUUUGCUUUUCAUUUUGGUUGAAUGCUACAACUUUGUUGUCACCCUAUGGCAUGAAAAUGGUGGUUCCUCUACCUGCACCACUGGGCCUUGUGUGUUUUGGAAAAUUGUACCUAUUGUUGACUCCAUUUUGUUUUGUUUCCAUGGGAAAUGGGGUUAACCUAACUGAUGGUCUUGAUGGUCUUGCUGGAGGGACUGCUGCAUUAGCCCUUAUUGGGAUGACAAUUGCAGUUCUUCCAAUAUGCCCUGCACUUGCCAUAUUUGGAGCAUCAAUGGCUGGGGCCUGUGUUGGUUUUCUUUUGCACAACCAGUACAAAGCAUCUGUAUUUAUGGGUGAUAUUGGAUCCUUGGCCCUUGGUGGUGCAUUAGCUGCAAUGGCUGCUUGUACAGGAAUGUUCUUUCCCUUAAUCAUUUCAUCUGGUAUAUUUGUGUUGGAAGCAUCAUCAGUCAUUCUGCAGGUAUUAUACUUCAAAAUAACAAAGCAAAUGCAUGGAAGUGGGCAGCGCCUGUUUAGAAUGGCACCUUUCCAUCACCAUCUGGAAUUAAGUGGGCACAAAGAACCAGUGAUUGUUGCCGGCGCAUAUGCCGUAUCCUAUGUGUUGGCUUUAUUUGCUGGUUACAUAGGCCUUGUGUCAGCAUAAUGUCUGUCAUCAUUUGCAUCCAUCUUCAUUUUGUUCUCUUAGUUAUAGUCAUAGUCGGUAUUCCCUUCUCCUUAAUAUUUCUGCAACUGGCAUUCGUUCCGUUUAUGUUUCCUCCAUUAAGCUGUGUUAAUCAAGCUUAGAUAUGAGUGUCAGAUAUGGAUGUGUCUAACACGAUUUCUGACUAUUCUUUUUUAGAUAUUUCUUCACGUUUCUGGAAGGUCGUAUCUCUAUAUUCUCAUCCGAAUUUGCGUUCGAAACAAUUGUUGGACACAGAUAUUUCAAGAAGAAAAUAAUAAAGAUUGAGG